AUGGCGGCGUUUGGACGUCUCGUUCUAGUGUCAGUUUUUGUUUCAAUAUCUAAUGCAGCAUGUCCAGACAAAGAACCUGGUUUAAAAAACUGGUCCGACCCUGCGACAUGGCCAAACGGGAUUCCAGGUAAUGGUGCUGACGUCAUUAUUAAUGACAAGAUAGCCUUAGACGCGAGUCCCGGUGUGGAUCUUGGCAGCGUUAUGAUAGUUACAGGAGGUCAACUGGUAUUUUUACCAAACAGGGACCUAAUUCUUAGAACGAAAUUCAUCGGGAUAAAAGGCGGACGAAUGGACAUUGGAUCUGAAGAUUGUCUUUAUGAAGGAAAAGCAACGAUUCAGCUACUAGGGACCUCCCAAGAUAUUUACUCUGUACCUGGAUUUGGAAGGAAGUUCCUCGGCGUGGAUGUGAAUGGUACUCUAGAGAUUCAUGGCCAAAAAAAGCUUCCGUGGACUAAACUCACAAGCCCUGUACCCAAGUUGACUGAUGAUGCAUACGCCUCUCGUGAUGUUGUAGAGAAACACACAACAACGAGAGGUUUCAUGGUGAAUUCCUACGACCCUCAAACUGGAUUUAGGGACAGGCCACGUGGAGAAUUUAUGAUUGGCAUGUCUCACCAGAAAGGCAUUGAAAGAGAAACCGGAAGAUUGAUCGACUAUGUGAACGAUAUUCCCAGUGGCAACGUGAUAAUGUUAGCCGUUCGAAAAUUCAUUGUUGACAAGGAAAAUAUUUUUGACCGAAGUCAGUUUUAUGACGCAGUUGAAAUAUUAGGAUAUGGAAAGGUUACCGGUACCAGUAAGAUCAGGGAUCUGCGCUUUUACGACAGUUUUGCCAUGAUCGUGGUAAAAGGAGAUACGUCCAAGACUGUUGAAGGCUUCGACCCAUACAGAGCUGGUGGAAUCCACCAAACUUCCACAGCCACACUUCUUUCUGAUGAUAUGCGUCUGAAGUUCUAUGUCGAAAGCUACACGCGGUCAGUGGGAUUCGGACAUUCUAACGCGGUCUUUGAAGUAACGUAUGCUGACCGCUCCAUUCCUACACUUGAUGUCAGUGACAACGUCGCUUCCUGGCAAGCAGGUGAUAAAAUCUUCAUUACAUCUACGGACUACGAUUGGAGGCAGGUCGAGGUGGGCACAGUUUUCCCAUGUGACAACUGUAACAACAAUCAGAUCAAAGUCGACUUAACUGCAAAAUUCAGUCACUAUGGCGCUAUCACCAAGAACGUGGACAUGCGUGCUGAAGUAGGAUUACUUACCAGAAACAUCGUCAUUGAAGGGGAUAUGACGAAUGGCGACGAUCAGCUUGGCGGGCACAUCAAGGUCUUGAACGGAUUCAGAAACUUUCAUAUCGAGGGCGCAGAAUUACGACGUAUGGGACAGUCUUUAGAGCUCGGUAAUUACCCUAUUCAUUGGCAUAUGUGUGAGGACGUCGACGAUAUUGAAAUCUAUCCUAAACCGACAUAUGCCCGAGAAAACUCCAUACACGAAUCCUAUGCUAGAUGUGUAACAGUCCAUGCAACACAUGGUGCAAUGGUUGCGGACAACAUUUGUUUCAAAAGCAUCGGCCAUGGCUAUUUCCUUGAAGAUGGCGGAGAAAAGAGAACAACCUUUAGGGGCAAUCUCGGCGUAGGACAAACUAAAGGCAACCUUGUACCAACAGACGUCCGUCCGACAACUUUCUGGAUAACCAACCCACAGACCAUCAUGGAGAACAAUGUGGCAGCUGGAGGAGACGGCUUUGGGAUUUGGUACAUUUUCCCUGUUGAACCUAUUGGUCCAUCUAAGGGACGUGGUUACAUGCUUCCGGAAGAGGCUAGUCACACUGCAAUUACGUGGUUCUACAACAACGUAGUACAUUCAAACAGUCUCGUCGGACUCAAGAUUGAUGAUUCUAUGGAUGAGAAUGGCACAAGAGUAACCAACAAUAGAUACGAGCCAUGGAACGACCCUACCGACGAAUCAUCUGGCAGUAAACAGGUGGAAAUAGUUAAGCUGACAGCGUACAAGAAUAGAUAUUUCAACGCCUACAUGAGAGGUUUCAUAGAGCUCGUCGAUUCUUCCCUUGCUGAUUCUGUUCAUGGGCUGCAGAUAGUAAGGUGGCGUACAGGAGGACAGAAAGUAACUAACACUGUUAUAAUAGGGGAUUCUGAGAAUUUAGGAGAGCCUGAUUCCGCAGGGGCGAGUCGGUCUUUACCUAAUGCAAACCCUAUGGCUGGGCCUUUGCCAAGAAAAGGACUGAUUUUUGGGAUUGGACCAAUGAUCGUGAAGAACGUCUGGUUCGAUGGUUUUGCAGACACAGCUAAUGCCGAGUCAGGGGCGCUUGGUUUUCAACCAAUUAAUGGGAUGUACAUUUCCACGGAUACAGUCUUGGAAGGCAUUGGUUUCGGCUUCGAUGACUUGUCCGAGGGAAAUCGAGUGUAUCAAGGUCCAAUUCCUGUAGACUAUCGAGACGGCAGUAGAGUUGAACGUUUAUUCGAUCCUACUGGCUCUAUUACCUCUGUACCAGGUGCCACCAUUAUUAGGUCGAAUCCUUUCCAAAUGACACCUAAAUGUGUGGAGAGAACAAAUUGGAGGAUGGCUGUCUGCAAAGAAAAUUUUGCAAUGUUGUUUGUUAAAUUGGAGACGAAAGACAGUGCAACAAUGAUGAGGACGGACGAUAUAAAAACAAAUAGGCAGACAUCAGAUGACAUGGGACAAGCUGUGUUCAAUGUGGUGACGAGUGGAGCGUAUGGUUACCUUCUUAAGUUCAACAAAAUUUUACCUAAAGGCACUUUCUCUCUUCGUGGAACGGGCAUGGCACCGGGUCACAGUUUUAUGAUUGGUGUGUGCGUCCCUAAGGACCUAGUAUUCAUGGGUAUGGUGAGAAAACCUGCACCUGGGAGGAUGUCAGAGGUUGACAGCGUUGCGGGUGUUACUUCUGGUGACGGAUCCAAGUAUUAUAUUGACCGAGAUGUUGGGGUUCUGUUCGUGAAGUUUUCUUACGACAGUGGCAACUCGCUGACAACUGUGAUGUUCUUUGUGAAACUGCAAACUUCAAACCGCAUGGAUGUUGACUGUGAGGCAGCCUACAGUGCUAAAUAUGGUGCUACACAAACGGUUGUUGGUCAAAGUCAACUGCAGUUGCCAGCAGAAUUGGUUCACUCCUCGCGUACUCCUCCCCAGAACGCAGGAGCAGGGUCCACACGUGCUUAA